AUGAAGUUCUCAUCGGAGCUAUGUGCCACGGCAUUGUUCGCGCUCCCUGCGCUGGCUACUCCAGUAAUGGAAAAGAGGGCCACACCGACAAUUUAUCUUGCAGGCGACAGUACCAUGGCCAACAAGGGCGCCAACGAUGGGGCUACUAACGGAUGGGGCGAAUACCUGAACAAAUAUGUCACUGUACCCGUCGUCAACAAAGCCCUGGGUGGCCGCUCAGCCCGCAGCUACUCCAACGAGGGGCGCUUCACUGAGAUCGCAGGCCUACUUAAGUCAGGAGACAUCGUGGUCAUCGAGUUCGGCCACAACGACGGUGGUUCACCAACUUCUAGCACCGACAACGGGCGCAGUGACUGCCCCGGCACCGCCGAAGAAACUUGCAUAUCCGGCAAAGAUGGGUCGACCGUGUACACCUUCGGACAUUACGUCAAAGCUGCCGCUAAGACUUUCAUUGCUAAGGGCGCAACUGUCGUCGUGAGCAGCCAGACCCCUAAUAACCUGUGGGAAGGUGGAUCUUUCAGUACCUCGGCGCCCAGAUUCGUUGCGUACGCUGCGCAGGCGGGCAAGGAGAUUGGCACUGGUGGAUCCUUUGUCGACCACUUCCAAGCCGUUCUCAAUGCGUACAGGAAGUUGGGUAAUACUGCAACGAACGCGCUUUACCCCAACGACCACACUCACACUAGCCCUGCUGGAGCCGAUCUGUCGGCGCAAGCUUUCGCGCAAGCGAUCAAGUUGAAUCUGAAUGGGACUACGCCAAUUGCGUCCUAUCUGAAGUCAGGCAACCCCACUGUAUGGUAG